AUGGGUCUUCUGAAGCGCAGCAUUGAAGGAUUUAGGAAUGUGGCCGAAGCUUCCAAGACUGAUCCUUUACUCCGCGCGGCGAAUUGGCUUGUGGUGAUCUUCCCCUUUUACAACGCAGCAGGAUCUCUCUGCAGCGUCCACUACAGUCGAUAUCUUGAUUCACGAAAGAAGAGGCUUGCUCUGGCGAUCUCUUGUGGCGCGCAGCUGCAGCUCUCGGUCAGCAAAGAAGAGGCAGAGAAGGACGAAUGGCAGAUCGAGCUCUUGAAAGCAAUCGCUGAAGAUUUAAAGGUGCCGGAGACCCGCUUGACUCUGCAGGGUCUCACUGAGGCCCGAGGAAAAACGUUCCUUCGGGUGGUCUUGUCCAGGCCAGCAGAGUCUGAGUCGGCACCAGCUUCGACGGUGCUUGCGGCGCUACGUGGGAAGGGCUCGGGGCCACUCUCUGCCAUUGAAGCUGUCGUGGUGGAUGGGAAUCGGCGGGACGAGCGCAAGACCUACGGCCUGUGGCUGAAUCCUAGUGGCAAUGCCGUCGAGGCUCUUCAGAAGGCAGUUACGGACUUGAGCUCCAAGUUUGGUGGACCAUCAUUUACGCCCCACCUGACCCUGCUGGGCCCCAUCAUGGGCGAGGAGCAGGACGUGACCGACUUCGCCAAGAAGUUUGCCGUCGAGACGGCCCCGAUUCCGAUCGAAGUGGAGGGCUUGGGGCUGGGGUCCUCCUUCUUCCGAAGCAUCUGUCUCGAGGUGAAAAGCUCCCCCGAGCUCCUCGCAGCACGUGCGCUGGUGUCCUCCCUUGUGCCGAAGUCCUGGCUGCCCGCUUUCCUCGGGGGUAGAUCCUGCCAGCUUGAUGCUCAAAGCCAGAAGCUGGGAUUCCGGCCGCACAUCUCGUUAGGGUAUACUGAUGGGCCAGCGAAGGCCCGAGAGGAGGUAGCCGAGGAGACAGCGUCCCUUCUGGAGACGUCCUUCGUCGCCAAAGAACUUAGUGUUUGGGAGACGGACUUGGAGGACUUCACCUGCAAGUCCUGGAAGCAAGUCGCGAGCUUCAAGUUGGAAGGCAAAACGCCCCCUUCUUUCUGGCGGUUGUUUCGACGCUUUGCAGCAGUGGCGGCACCCGAGUUUUUGCGAAUCGGUGUCGGUACAGGGCUCAGCAUCCUGGCCAAUGUUGCUGUGGACAAGGCCUGUGCUCAUGACAUGACGCUAUUCUCUGGCAAGCAUGCUGGAAAGUCCAACUCGGAGCUGCUUGGAAUCUUGAGUCAAGGACUUCUUCUUUGGGGUCUCGUGAAUCAGCUCUUCGAUUGGUCUCGUUGGCUGAUGGAGAGUGCUGGGGACAAGAUCGGUUGCAGACUGCGAGGAGAACUCUUUGAACGUCUGAUCCAACAAGAUGUCAAGUGGAUCUCCCAGAAAGGCGCUGACGAGCUGUACAGAACACUGAUGCAGCGAACUGACAAUGUGCAGCGAGUCUUCACGCGCGACAUCCCUGAACUCCUGAAUAUGGUAUCCAACCUUAUUACCAAUGUUGGGCUCCUUUGGUUUCGAAAGCCAAGGCUUUGCGCUUUUGGCUUCGGCAUGUUCGCAUUCCAGAACAUUGGAUUCGGAAUCUUUGAUGCGAUGCUCCAGGUCGCACAGGACCAUGAUGCGGUUACCGAGGAGAUCAAGGAGAAUGCCUUAGAAGUGCUGCAGAACUUCCGCAUUGUCCGGGCCUUUGCGCGGGAGGAUCGGGAAAAGCAGGCCUUUCUCAAAAGCAUCCGGCAGAAACUUACACGCAAGAUGAGUAGUUACGUGUCUUUUUUGACCGAUAUCGGAUCCUGGUUCACAGGGGAGUUUGCCUUUCAAGUCGCAUACAUGUAUGGUGGAACCUUGGUGAAUCUAAAUUACAUCGGGGCAGAGGAGGUCAGAGAGGCAGUGGGCAAAGUUUUCAAGACGACCUGGCCACUUUAUCGACUCAAGCACCGCCUUCGGACCAAGACGACCUUUGCAGAAGAUGCAGAGGCCGUACUGGAGGCUCUGAAGCGGCCGCCGGCGAUCCCCUUCGAGGAUACCUCCAAGCACAACCCGGCACCUGCAGAGAUCAAGGGCGACAUCCAGGCCAAAAGCAUGUCUUUCUCCUACACGGAGGACAUGGAGGCUGCGGUGCUUAAGGACGUAACGUUUACGAUCCCGGCGGGGUCCAUGGUUGGGCUGGUUGGUCCGUCAGGAUGUGGGAAGUCGACCCUCUUCAACCUGUUCUUGCGCUUCUACGACCCGCAAAAUGGAUCCCUCGAGAUCGACGGGAUAAGCCUGGCAAACUGGAACCCACAGGCACUUUAUCGGGCCGUUGCCUGGGUGUCUCAGGACCAAUGCGUCUUCCAGGGUUCCGUUCUGGACAACAUUCGCUACGGAGUGCCGGAUGCCUCAGAAGAGGAAGUGCUGAGGGCCAUGCGCGAGGCAGACCUCUAUGACGACGUCAUGAAGAAGCCGCAGGGCGUCGCCACACCUGCUGCCGAGCUCUCCGGAGGCCAGAAGCAGCGACUCUCCAUCGCAAGGGCCGUGCUGACGGACCCAAAGAUCCUGCUUCUGGAUGAGGCCACCUCGGCGCUGGAUACGGUCUCGGAGCGGAAGGUGCAGAAGGCACUGGAGUCGCUGAUGAAGGGACGGACUGUGAUUGCCAUCGCCCAUCGGCUGUCCACGAUCAUGAAUGCGAAUCUGAUCAUGGUCAUGGAAUCCGGCAAGAUCAUAGAGCAGGGCACACAUGCGGAGCUCUUGCAGAAGGCGGGCGGCAAGUAUGCGAACCUGGUCCAGCAGCAGCUGGCAGUGGAUGAUGAUUCUGCCAAGGCGGAAACUGCAACAGAUCCGAAGGCGGUGGAGGAUUGCGCCUUGACUUUGGAGCAGCUGCGGUCGCGAGUUCCCGCCGAUCUCAUGGGCGAGGUUGACGCAGCCGUGAAGGCGCUGAAGGAUGCUGCCACGACGCUGAAGCAAGAGAAAAAGCGCCUGGCCCUGCGUGAGCGCAGCCUGCUGGGCCCCCGGAAGUGGAAGGCUGCCACUACUCUUCGGAACGCUAUGCGAGCGAUAAAGCUGAUGCGGCCCGCUCCAGCGUCCGGACCCUCUCCACCGCUCUUGCUAGAGCGAGCCCUCUCCACGGCAACGGAGGUGGCCGCGGAGGAUCCCACUGCCCAGAUACCGCUCAUCCGGCACCUCAGCGAGUGA